AUGCUUCAAAAUCUAACAAAGUUGUUCAAGAUAAAAGCAAAUCUCUUUUUCAAAGACAAUAUAGUUGAUCUAAAUAAAACAGAAUUAGAGGAAUUAGAUCUAGAUGAAGAGGUUUUAACAGAUAAUAGCCAAGAGUCAAGUGAUUCUGAUUAUGAUGAUAAUCUUGAAGAUACUUGA